CCUCCACGGCAACCGCCAAGUGGCGUCUCCACGACCGACCGCUCGCCUGGCGCGCGCUGCUCCGCCACCGUUCGACGCCCCUCCGGCGUCGCAGGACAUGUGACCCUAUUCACAAGCGACCUGUCGCCGAGGUCAGAGAUGGCGCCAAACUCUGAGGAGGAUGGCUCGCGACUUUCCACUGUUCAAGAUGCCGGCUGGAGCCUCGAGGAAGCCAACAAGGAGCAGCUGCGGCCGCCGGUGUACAACCCGGAGGACUACGCGGCGGCGCUGCGCAAGUGGGGGCGCCGCGGCACGGGGGGCGCAGCGUCCGCCAUGCCUGGCGUCGCGGCGCUGGCGGCGGACGGGGGUUCCCCGCGCGACCACCACCGCCGGCACGGCCACGGCCACGCGACCUCGCAGCACCAGCAGCCGCCGCAGCAGCAGCCAGAGAUGAGUCUGCGCCAGUUCAGCAGCGCCUCGGAGCUGCUGGCCAAGCUCAGGGCCGACCUCCGGCUCGCUUACCCUAGCUUCGUGCAGGAGUUCAUCGGAGACCCGCUGGACGGCGUGACGCUGCUGCUGGAGCUGCUGCGCGCCGUGCAGCAGCCGGCGCCUGGGCAGGGCGGCGGCGCGGGGGCGGGCGCCGGGGGCGGCGGGGGCGGCGCCGGGGGCGGGCGGCGCGCGCUGCUGGACGAGCUGGCGUGCCUGCAGUGCCUGCACGCGUGCCUGCGGCUGCCCGACGCCGCGCGCCGCCUCGCCAGGUCGCCCGCCGGCCUCUACACGCUCGCCGUCUGCGUCAUGAGCAACGCCACCAAGUCCAGGGUCAUCGCGCUGCAGCUGCUGACGCGCGCCUGCGAGCCGCCGGGCUGCGGCCACGCGGCCGUGUCCGAGGCGCUGUCGACGCUGCGGCUACGGCUGGCGGAGCCGGUGCGCUUCCGCCUACUGGCGGGGAUGCUGGGCAGCGCCGGCGGCUGCCCCGACCUGCCCGCCGCCGGCCUGCGCUUCCUCAACACCCUGCUGGAGACGGCGCCCGGCGAGCAGGCGCGCCUCUACCUGCUCGCGGAGCUCCGCCAGGCCGGCUUCCAGCCACACGCGCUCGCCCAGGUGCUGCCCGCGGGCUCGGCGGCGGCGCAGCAGCUGCAGGCGGAGCUGUCGCGCUGGCAGCGCAACCAGGUGGACGUGGCGCAGCUGCGCGCCCGGGCCGCCGCCGCCGAGGCAGAGACGCGCGCGCUGCGCGAGCAGGUCGCCAUCCUCGAGCAGCGGGUACAGAUUCUGCAAGAGGAGAAAGGGGUGCUCGUGUCACUGGAGAGGUGCCUGAAAGACCGCUGUUCGGAACUGGAGGCGACAGUUAAGAGGCAGCAGCAGCAACAACAUCAACAACAGCGCCAACAGCAGAAACAGACGGACGCGGGGGGCGGCGGCUCGACUCCCGCCGAGGACGAGGGCAUCAGCUCCUCCGACCAGGAGCACUCGCUGGAGGAGCGCGAGCCCAUGGUGUACGAGCUCUUCCACGUGCACAACGACACCAUCCUCAUGCAGGAGACCAGCGUCGACGACGGCCCCGAGCCCAGCGAAGCCGAGGGCGGAGCCGCGGCCGACGAGGACGAAGAGACGACCAUCGACGAGGUGAUCGAGGAGCUGCGCAACAUCAUCAACGACGCGGAGACGGAGGCGUACGCGGCCGAGGCGGCGGCGGUAGCGAAGGCGGGCAAGCGCAAGGAGGAGCCGCUGCUGAUCGCGGAGGAGAGGCCGCCCGCCGUGGGCUUCACGGUGCGCAUCCAGGCGCUGGAGCGCGAGGCGGAGAUCGUGCCGGCCAGACUGCUGCCGCAGCCGCCGCGCCGCGCCCGCAGCCUGGUGCAGCUGGCGCCGCGCGCGCACGCGCACUACGUCUCCUCCAGCGCCGCCAAGAGCGCCUCCUUCUUCGACGACGACGAGGAGUCGCCCGUGCACUCCAGCGAGGAGGAGGACUCCGACUCCCUGCUCAGCAGCGCCGCCAGGGACCACUGCGGCACAAAGAAGUGGACAGUGAGGGAGGCGAAGUCCACGGCGGCGCUGAGGCUGAAGCUGGCGGGCGCGGCGGCAGGCGAGCGGGGUGGCGGUCGGCCGGUGCGGCGCAGCGAGUCCUUCCACCAGGUGCUGGCCGGCGACCCCGAGCGCCGGCAGCGGCUGCAGGGCCGCUGCGGCAGCUUCGACGGCCUCUUCUGCGUCACCGACUCGCCGCGCAGCCGGCCGCGGUCGCCGCCCUCUACCGCCGUGGUGCCCACGCUGGCGCGCAACCGCCACCACUCCAAGAGCCUCGACUGCAUCGACGAGGGCCUGCACGCGCUCGUCGACGUGGUCGUCGCGUCGACGGCCGCCACCGCCGACCGGCGCAGCAGCGGCCGCGGCUCCACCACCGACGAGUGGAGUCUCGAGUGGGACAAGAACUACCUGGCGGCGGCCGGCGCCGGCUCGCCCUCGCUGGCCGCGUCACCGCCCCCGCCGCCCAUCGCCAUCGUGCCCGUGUCGCGCUUCCCGGCCGCCGCAAAGCGCUACCCGCCCGACGGCGCCAGCAAGCCGCCCGUCUACCUGCCCGCCGCCACGCGCAAGAACUCCUUCGACGCGCCCUUCCUGGUGCGCGGCGGGCACGGCAACGCGGGCCUCUACUCGGGCCGGCAGGCGCUCUCCAGGGAAGCCAUCGCCAAGCACAGCGCCAGGGCCCGGAGCGCCUCUUCCGCCGGGGCCACGCCGGGCCGGAAAGUGUCCGUCAGCGUCAAGGUCACCGACCUGCCCUCCGGACUCUACUAGGGCACCUUUCCCCAGCAUACGAAAACACAGACUUCAGCACCACCUGUGCGUCAUUUGUUUCUACACAACACACCAUCAUUUGUUUCUGCAUCUCGAAUUUUGAUUUUCUACCAGAGUGUUGCUGUUUUCCACCUGCCGCGGAGAAUAUGUCUUUUCCCACAUAAAUCGUGCCCGAGAUAGUCGCCAGCAGGGACAAUCUAUAAGGAUAAGUCAAAAAGUAUCAGUGUUUAUUUAUGCCAUCCACGAUUGUCUUUUAUUUAUUUCUAGUACGACGCGUUUCGGCAAAUGAUUCUAAUUUUCGAGUGCAUUCUUUCGCAUUUAUACGUAACAUUUUCGAUGUGUGGCAUGCUGCAUUAUUCUGUUGUAAUUAGUGAUGGAUAUUUAUAUACAGUUAAUGACUAAUUUGCAAAAGGAAUUUUUUUACUUGCAGUUUGCUUGUAGUUAUUUCAUAAACAAACCUAUUGUUUUUACAGUCACAGACUUUACAACCAUUUGCAGUAGAAAAAACAAAACAAAAUUUAUCUCCACAACAUUUUUAGUUUAUUACAACAACAUUACAAAAUUAGCAAUGGCACAAUUUUCCAACGUAGUCACCCUGCCCUCAGUCCUCUCUUCCACAAACUAACUCCUUCAGAAGUUUUUUUCAUUGAGGACGGCUUCCUUUAACUCUUCAUCAGAAGUGGGUCUGCAGCCUCUUAAACCAUCUUUAAGUUGGCCACAAAAUGUAAAUAGGGCAGGACGAAAUUAGGCCUGCGUGCAGGAUGCUCCAAGCUUCAAAAUGCAUACUCUGAAGAGUUAGUACGAGCAGCGAUAUGUGAACAUGCAUCAUCGUGCAAAACAAUAACAGUAUUUGACAAUAAAUCUUUGCAUUUGGAUCAAAUUGCAGGCCUCAACUCAUUGCAGACCACGUGACUGUAACAUUCACUGUUUACUGUCGAUUCCUUUUCUAGGUACUGUUCCAAUGGACCCAUUCGUGUGUCAAAAAACUAUGAACAUAACUUUUCUAGCAGAAAGUUUACUCCUGAAUUUCUUUUCGGUUGGAGAUCCAUUCCAUCUUCCUGCAUUUGCUGUCGGGUUCAGAGUGUUUACUGCCAGUGGAGAUUAAUUUCAAAAGCAUUUCCAUUUCGUUAGCAUGAUGGUCUAGUAACUGCUGGAACAUUCUUAAAAGGCUGCACUUGGGUUCUUUAUUGAUUUGUUUUUGGAUCUAUUUUGCACAGACUUUAUGCAAAUUGACCCUGUUAUGAAUGAUGUCUCGUACAGAACUGUAACUAAUGUGCAGUUGGUUUUCCACUUCACCGACAGUCAUAUGUAGGUUAUUCAAAAGCAGGUCACAGACUUGCUCAAUAUUGACAUUAGUAGUUGAUGUGAAGGGACAUCCUGCACUUUACUUGUUCUUCAUCCUCACAUGGCCACUUCUGAAUUGUUGAAUUCACUUGUAAUCACUUUGCCAAGCCUGUCCUGAAACUGUUCUAGGUUUUUAAGCUCCUGGUAUACUUUCAGAAAAAAAAAUAUUGUGGGACCUUGGCCCUAACUGAUGCAAAUGGAGAGUAGUGCAGCCAUGUUUAUUUUGCAACAGAGCAAAGAAAACUGAUGUGACAAUGCACAAGUAAAGUGAAUGGUGCCAUCUAGUGGCUGGCAACUGCACUAAGCUGUACCACUAACCAAAAGACAAAUACAAAGAACGUGCAGAUACUUAAUGACAUAUUCAUGUAUUAUCAGACACUGCUAAUUCAAAGCCUGUACAGAUAAUAAGCUGUACCUGAACAAAUUGGAACACUGAAAAUAUGAACCAACAACUACUCAGAAUUAGUUUAAAAGAAAAUGUCUAAAGUGUUGCACUGAAAACAAAAUCAACUUUUGUGUAAAUCAUUUAUUUCCCAAAAUGAAAAAACAGAAAAUAUCAUUUUCACCUGCAGAAGGAAUAUGUUUCAACAGGAACUCAGAUAUAGAUUUUUAAGUUAGUAUUUAGUGAUUUGUGCAAUAUAUUUAUAUACAGCUGUUUGAUGUCUGUAGGACCAGCAAACAGAUGCAUUUAUUGGCAAACAACUGCUUAUCAUCUUCAUUGCAAGUGUGUUAAUAUUGAAUUGUCAUGCCUAUGUUAUUUCCCAUGUACAAAUUUCGUUAUGCCCCUCUGUUCUCUUAUUCUUCUGAGUAAACAACUGAAAAUCACCAUGCACUGAAAUCUAUGCUUUCUGUUGCUAUGUAGCUCCUUCCACAACUUUUGCAUCCUAGGUACUCUAUCACUGUACUUGACUUAUAGUCCAAACUGUUUGCCUGUUUGUAUUUUGAACAUGUGUUCCUGGAAAACUUGCCAAUUUUGCAUGUAUUAUUAUUGCUGCAGUAUCUAUUUGUCAGUUACUGUACUGAUUAAUGUCAUGUCAAUUUUGUGCUCUAUCCUGUAACAGACUAAAGUGAUUCACAGCCAAUAAGUAAUGAUGUGAAGAUCACAUAAUGCUUAAACUUUCUGCCUGGUAUGCCUUUUGAAUUUCCUCUUCCUAGCUUGGUUCACAUAUGUGACUAAGACACCCAUGUUUUUCUCCUAAUGCAGUAUGAAUGUUAAAAUUAUUCUUGAUGAUAAAUAGAGAUUUUAUGGAGCUACAAUAAUAACAGCCACAUUUGCACUAUGGAAGAAUAAGCAAUGUGUAGUCAUUGUCGUAGAUAGGAGAGUUUACAUUUUUUUGAAUGAAGAAGCAAUGUAGACCUACUGCAGUUAAAGCAGAAGAAGAAACCAUUGUUUAUAUAUUUGAUCUGAUGAUUUACAGAAAGAAUCUUCUCUUUCAGAAGAAGAAAUACUGAUUUCCUAACAUUUUACAAAGUGAAUCGUGCAAUAUAUUUAUACAUUACAUAUAUAGUGUUUAUAGUGAACUGGUGGAAUUUUGUAUAAUUACCACACUUUUUAAUCACUUUUUUGGGGAAUUAUGUUAUUUUGAUGAGAACCUGACCAUGAAGUACAUUAGGCAUCUUUUCAAAGAACCUUCACUCACGACAUUACCACAAAUAAAAAGAAUCUGUACCUGCUUCUGUCAAGAUAUUUCCAUGACAUUACAUUUUCUGAGCAAAAAAUCAGAAAUUUCUGAAAUAAGGAAAAAAUAUUUUUUUGCAUCUUAAAUAAAUGAAACCAUGUAUAAGUACCUGUUGCGUGUAGACUCAUAGCAUCUUUUAAAACACAUGAGACCAUUUUAAGACUAUUCUUAUUUUAUACUUUUUCAGUGAUUUUCUGUGAAUUUUCUGCCCUACCAAGUUAAUUAUCCCUUGAUGAUUUUCAGCUUAUUUUCUUAUCCUGUCAUGUGUUCUAUAUUACUUUACAUAUUUUCUCUAUUUCAUUUGUUCUCUAAAUUUGUUCUUUAAUAUUUCAUUACUACCUAAGUAGUCCAUCUUGUACAUCAGUUGCAAAUUACUCUUUCUCAUAAUUAUGAUAUGAUGACUGACCUGACACCUACAACACGUUGUUAACAUGGAAAUAGUUUUGUCUUCCUUUCUCUCCGGAGAGAGCCGAAUGGAGUUCCAAAAAAACUGUGAGCAAAUAGUACUCAUGAAACUGACACUGCAAAGUCCUGCACAAUGAAAUGAAUAACUAUUGGAAAUUGUAAAAAUUGGAAGCACAAGAAUCUAAAUAAAAAUUUAAUUAUAUAAGAAAGUCUCUUCACAAAUAUUCAGUGCACAGUAAAAAUAAAGGAGUGUGUAGGAACAGUUUGUCCAUAUGUAUGUGUCAGAAAAUCGCAGUUGCUUCAUCAUAUAAUACUGAAUGGGUGCUUUUUUCCCCUGUUUUCCAGAGAUGACAUAUUUAGACUGCACUCUCUUCCCUCCUGUUACAAAUUUCUAAGCACAGAAAAAAAUGUUCAUUUCAUGAGUACUUGAUUAUUUUCACAAGUGAAAUAUUUAAAUAAUUCUUCUAACAUAUGAAUAAAAUGUAUUUCUGUUUCUCCUUAAUUUUAUGUGUGACAGCCAUUCUAAUAAUUUGCAUUUAUGAACUACCCAUGUUUCAUUCUAUUAAGAAAGCAUUGUUAUUGAAAAAAGAUGCCAAUUUUAUUAAUAUCUUUUAUAUUUUGUACUGUGUACAAGCCUUACAACAAGUUGAAAAUUUUAUAUAUUUCCUUUAUUUGAUGUGAGACAUUUUUUUCCUUUGUUAAUAUUUGUAUGGCAGUUUUUUGGCAGUCAUCCAUUACAGAGUAAUUCUGGCCCAGGAAAGAAUUUUAGUUAAUAUGCCAACCUAUUAUAAGAUACUAAAAUGUAAGCAGGUAAUUAUAACUAUACAAGUAUCAGUUUAAUGGCUUUUGUAAAUUUUUGAAGAGAUGCCAACAUGGUCAGCUGUCUGGGAUCUUCUUUAUCAUUCCAUACUUGAUGCAAUUAUAUUAAGAAAUAACUUAAUGUUCAUACACUGGCACUGCAUGUUUUGCUUCACAACAGAAGCAAAAUUACUGGCAUCUGCUGUUUGAAAUCAAUGAAAUAUUACCACAGCUGAUAUGGUUCUGCAUGUUAUCAGAAUCAUACACAGUCAAAUUUAGAGUUUAGUAACACAUUUGCUUUACUGGUGCAAAUUUAUCUUUCAGACACUGUAAUUAGUAAUUUUUAUUUGUACAUAGUCUAUGAAACAGUGUGAUCUCAGAUUACAUUUUAACAUGAUUUAGAUCUUUUGUAAUGUGUCACAUUUUCAAGAAAAAUAAAGGA